AUGUCGAAAGAAGCACUGAUUAUGCCGUCCAACGUGGUCGAGAAUCAUCUCGGUAAAGCGAAGAAAGAUGCAUUGUAUCUCACUGUUCAGAGGUCAAGGGUAACAGAGCAACAAACGAGGAUGCCAAUUAUUAUUUUAGGACACGUCUGGAUAACACGAUAUAAUAUUGUGUUCGACGAAGCAGGGUCGAGGGUCGGGCUUGAGGAGAUCGCGGGGAAGACUGACUAUGCUUGGGACAUAUUGCGUUAA